AUGGAUGAACAAAUCCCAACAUUUUUAGCAGUAACUGGUAUAGAGGAUGAAUCAAUUGCAAAACAAUUCCUAGAAGUAACAGGUGGUGAUUUGGAGUUAGCUGUAACUUUAUAUAUGGAAUCUGGUCAACAUGGUGGUGGAAACUCAAAUAAUAAUAAUAAUACUGCCACAUCUGAUGAAUCUUAUGCAAAACAAUUACAAGAACAAGCAUAUGGAGGAGAAGAAGUACGAGAAGCAGAUACAAAUAUACAUAGACAUGAAACUUUAAUUGAUUCAUUUGGAGGAUUUUCAGGUGCAAUGAAUCCAAUGAAUAGACCUGUUGAUAUAUUUGGACAAAGACAACAAGGAAUCUUUCAUCAAGGUUUCAAUUUUAAUGAUAGACUGAUAAAUUCUUAUAAUGCAUAUGAUGACGAUGAUGACAAUGAUAAUGACGAAGAAGAGGAUGAUGAAUAUUACGAUACAUCAAAUAACACUAAUAAUCAUGAUAUAGAAAUUUUGGACUCAGAUGAAGAAGAUAAUGAUGAUAUAGAAGUAAUAAGUAGUACAAGAAAUAAUGGAGGUCGUAGAAGGCGACUUAGACAAGAUAGAGAUACAGAAUUAACAUCAACUCAAAGGAGAUUAGCCAAUUUAUUUAGACCACCUUUUGAUAUAAUUUCAAUAUUAAAUUUAGAUCAAGCAAGAAAUCAAGCAAAAGAAGAAUCAAAAUGGAUUUUAAUUAAUAUACAAGAUUCAUCAGAAUUUCAAUCACAAGUAUUUAAUAGAGAUUUUUGGUCAAAUUCAAGAAUAAAACAAAUUGUAAGAGAAAAUUUUAUUUUUUUACAAUAUCAAAAGGAUACAUUUGAUGGAGAAAGUUAUAUAAAUUUUUAUCAUGUUGAUAAAUUACCUCAUUUAGCUAUCUUAGAUCCAUUAACUGGUGAAAGAGUAAUGAAAUGGAAAGAUGGUGAAGUACCACAAGUACAAAAAUGGAUUGAUGAAAUUUAUAAAUUUUUAGAUGAAUUUAGUUUAAAUCCUCAAGUUAAUAAUCCAUUAAUUAAACAUGAAAGAAAAAUUGAUCCUGAUAGCUUAACUGAAGAACAACAAAUUGAAUUAGCUAUGAAACAAAGUGUAAUGGAUAAUGGAAGUAAUAGUAAUAGUAAUAGUAAUGGGAAUUCAAUUGAAAAUGCUAUUGAUCUAGAUAGUGAUGAAGAUGAAGAAGAUAGUGGACCACCAGAAUUAGAAGAUGAAGAAAUUAUAGAAGAACCAAAAGAUCCAUUUGAAUCUAUAAAAGUUAUAGAUCAUCCAGAACCAACAGAACAACCAAUUACAAGAGUACAAAUAAGAUUUCCAAAUGGUAAAAGACUAGUGAGAAAAUUAAAUGUACAAGAUAAAUUAACGGUGUUAUUUGAAUGGUUAAAAUUUGUGCUAGAAAAUAAUUCACAAGAUUAUGGAUUGGAGAAACUGGAUAAAUUUACAUUAUCUGAUAGUUCAAAUAAAUCAUUUAAAUUUAUUGAAAACUUGGAUAAAACGAUUGAAGAUUCAAAUUUGAAAAAUGCAAAUAUAUUAUUAGAAAAAGAUUAA